UUGGCUGUUCCCGUUAUCUGUUGUCAGAAUUCAAGUGGACGUGAAGUCAAGUCGCAAUUUCUGCCGCGUUUCAAAUACAAUUGAUUACGGCACCGAUAUGAUUCCACUGUACGUUGACUCCAAUGUGAGGGCAGGCGAUGGCGGAGAGCCUGACGGCGUCCAGAAAGAGUAGUCAGAUUGAUCUCUGAGGAACGUGAUUUUCUGCUCUCCUUAGAGACGUCUAGAUCUCCCCGUUGCGUUAUCGUUACAAUAACAACACGCGUAUUCAUUUGAAAUCCAUACUUUUUUGGCUAAGCUGUGAAUGGGGAAUUAUGUUAUUGUUAUAAAUGCAACACGUUGUUGGCAAGCAGGACUGCAGAGCGUCAAGCCCUUUAGUUAGCUACCAUUUUCCAUGGGAUGACGUCCGCCUCUUCCUCAUGCUCCAUCGCUCACCGUCUGCCUGGCCUCUUCGCUGGACUUCCUGUGUGCCGGGGGCGAAACGGCUGAUCCCUCACGCGAACCCCGGGAAACCAUGCGCAGGUUCGCCUACUGCAAGGUGGUGCUGACCACCUCGCUGGUGUGGGUGCUGCUGGACGUCUUCCUGCUGCUCUACUUCAGCGAGUGCAACAAGUGUGACGACAGGAAGGACCGCUCGCUGCUCCCAGCCCUGAGAGCGGUCAUAUCGCGGAGCCCAGAGGGCCCUGGGGAGAUGGGGAAGGCCGUGAUCAUUCCGAAGGAGAACCAGGAGAAAAUGAAGGAGCUCUUCAAAAUCAACCAGUUUAACCUGAUGGCCAGCGACAUGAUAGCGCUCAACAGAAGCCUUCCCGACGUGCGACUGGACGGCUGCAAGACGAAGGUGUACCCGGACGACCUGCCCAACACCAGCAUCGUCAUCGUGUUCCACAACGAGGCCUGGAGCACGCUGCUGCGCACCGUGCACAGCGUGAUCAACCGCUCCCCGCGCCACCUGCUGCUGGAGAUCCUGCUGGUGGACGAUGCCAGCGAGAGAGAUUUCCUGAAGGAGAAGCUGGAGACCUACGUGCGGACCCUGGAGGUGCCGGUGCGGAUCCUGAGGAUGGAGCAGCGGUCGGGGCUGAUCCGGGCCAGGCUGCGGGGGGCGGCGGCCACCCGGGGUCAGGUGAUCACCUUCCUGGACGCCCACUGCGAGUGCACGGUGGGCUGGCUGGACCCUCUGCUGGCCAGGAUCAAAGAGGACAGGAAGGCGGUGGUGUGCCCCAUCAUCGAUGUGAUCAGCGACGACACCUUCGAGUACAUGGCAGGCUCGGACAUGACGUACGGAGGCUUCAACUGGAAGCUGAACUUCCGGUGGUACCCCGUGCCUCAGAGGGAGAUGGACAGGCGGAAGGGGGACAGAACUCUUCCUGUCAGAACUCCGACGAUGGCUGGAGGCUUGUUCUCCAUUGACAGAACCUAUUUUGAAGAAAUUGGAACGUACGACCCAGGGAUGGAUAUCUGGGGCGGAGAGAACCUAGAAAUGUCUUUUCGGAUUUGGCAGUGCGGCGGCUCGCUGGAGAUCGUCACAUGCUCCCACGUGGGCCAUGUGUUCCGGAAGGCCACCCCGUACAGUUUUCCCGGGGGCACGGGCCAAGUCAUCAACAAGAACAACAGGCGCCUGGCCGAGGUCUGGAUGGAUGACUUCAAAGACUUCUUCUACAUCAUAUCGCCAGGUGUGGUCAAGGUGGACUACGGAGACGUGUCGUCUCGGAAGGCCCUGCGAGAGGCGCUGCAGUGCAAACCCUUCUCCUGGUACCUGGAGAACAUCUACCCCGACUCGCAGAUCCCCCGGAGAUACUACUCGCUUGGUGAAAUCAGAAAUGUCGAAACCAACCAGUGCGUGGACAACAUGGGGCGGAAGGAGAACGAGAAGGUCGGCUUCUUCAACUGUCACGGAAUGGGCGGGAAUCAGGUGUUUUCCUACACGGCGGAUAAGGAGAUCCGCACGGACGACCUCUGCCUGGACGUGUCUCGGCUCAAUGGUCCCGUGGUCAUGCUGAAGUGCCACCACAUGAAGGGAAACCAGAUGUUCGAGUACGAUGCCGAGCGCCUGACCCUCCUGCACGUCAACAGCAACCAGUGCCUGGACAUGCCGUCGGAGGAGGACAAGAUGGUGCCCACACUGCGGGACUGCACGGGCAGCCGCUCCCAGCAGUGGCUGCUGAGGAACAUGACCGUCAGCGUCUGAGAGGACCCGACCCGGUCCCCCCCCCCCCCGCCAGAGACCGUAGCCCAACCGCCGCCGCAGCCGUUUCGUUUUUAGCAUGCAGCGCCCCGCCUCCUCCACCACCUUCCCCCGCCGGACCGCCGGGGGCCCCGCGGCCGUGUUCCUGUCCUUGGCCGCCUCGUCACGGACGCGGCGCGCCCGCUCUUCAAGGACGGUUGAGUGGUGCCACCACAGAUGUUCCUCAUAACCAGACGACACCUCUAGCGGCAGCCGCCAAGCCAGGCUCUCUGUGAGAGUUAGCUUCAGGUCUGAAUGGGGGGUGGGGGGGAUUUGGGGGGGUGGUGUUGCGCUCGGGAUGAGUGUUAGCCCAGCAGCGUGCAGAGGGCACCGCAACGGUAUCAUGGGUGCGGGGAUUUUGGCGGACUUCCCCAGCGCGCGCGGCCCCCCCCAUGGGGGAGGUUAGAACAGUGCCGUUCCCCUGGUGUUGGGGGGUGUUUACCCAGGCUAGAGUCUGCGGCAGCAUGAGGUUGUGAGGUCUGAUUUAAUAGCUGUAGGUCUCCAGGGACUCGCCAGGCUUGGCUCUGCACUGAGCACGCUCUGUUGUACAAGUGCAGUAACACUCUGAUGUGGUAGCUUGAGUGAAUUUAGAAUGUUUUUGUGUUUGACCCAUUGAUUAAUCUUUUUUCUUUUCAGAAGGGGGUGUCUUCAGAAGUAAAACAGCAUAUUUUAACUUUGCAUAACAAUAACUAAGUUGUGAUACUGUUCAUGGUGUGUAUACUUGAAAAAGCUAAAAAAAAUCUAUGUACAUACAGAAUGUAUAUUAUCAAUUGCCAGUGCAUACUCGUUGUCAUUACACAUUCUGAUAUAGGACUGUUAUUACAUAUUGACAGUAACUCAUUGGAUUCAUGUUUAUAUACACUGUCAUCACUAUCUGUCAUGUUUGUCACGGAAGCAAACAAUGUGAAAAACAUAUUUGCCUCAGAGAGAACAAGAAGAACAUUAAAAUUGUGAAAUCAAAGGAAUCAAAGGAAACAAUGGCUACUGUUUAGCUGCUUUUUACAUUAGUUUCAUAAGUGUAAUAACACAGAGGAUUCAAAUAUCUGAAUUUAUAACAUGCGUAUUUUUCAAAAGAUUUUUAGUGGCAAAAAUAAUGAUGUGUUUACGUAG